UAUACUGGUCCUGAUGGCAGGGGAACUGUAGAUGACAUUAGUGGGAGAUUAAGGGAAGGCUGCCCAAGCUACUUUAAAGAGUCUGAUUAUAAAUUUUUCUUAGCGGUGGAAUGUCUGGAGAGGGCUGCUGUGACUCUUGACCCGAUGGAGAAAGAGAAUCUUGCUAGGGAAGCCUUCAAUUGUUUGAGUAAAAUUCCAGAGUCUGCAGAUUUACGAACUGUAUGCAAACGUUUUGAGGAUUUAAGAUUCUAUGAAGCGGUGGUUCGUUUGCCUCUGCAGAAAGCCCAGGCUCUUGACCCUGGAGGUAAUGCUUUUAAUGAUCAAACUGAUUUGGCUGCUCGAGAACGUGCACUUUCCGAGCGUGAACAGUGCUAUGAAAUAAUUAUAAGUGCUUUACGUUCACUAAAAGGUGAUGUCUCACUGAAAGAAUUUGGGUCUCCUAUGAAGCCUGCUGCUUUAAGGUCCAUUCCUGAUAUGGCAACACGUAGUAAAUAUAUAUGCCAGAUUGUGCAGCUUGGAGUUCAAUCACCAGAUAAACUUUUCCAUGAUUACUUGUAUCGGUCUAUGAUUGAUUUGGGGCUUGACAAUGAAUUGUUAGAAUAUGGAGGACCAGAUUUGGUACCGUUCCUACAAAAUGCUGGGCGGCAUCCCAUACAAGAGGUUCGAGCUGUCUCAGCUCUAACAGCUGGGGCUUCUCCAAUUGGUCAGUCGGGAGCAGUUGGUGCAACAAAUGAAGCCAAAUUUUUUGAUCUUUUAGCUCGAUAUUAUGUUAUGAAGCGGCAACAUUUGCUUGCUGCUCAUGUGCUGCUAAGACUAGCUGGUAGACGCUCAUCUGAUCCUGGGGAUGUUCUUACUUUGGAGCAGAGGUGCCAAUACUUGAGCAAUGCAGUUUUACAAGCAAAGAAUGCUAACAGUAGCAAGGGGUUGGCAGGUUCUACCCCUGAUACCUUAGACAAUGGAUUGCUUGAACAGCUUGAAGGGAAACUUGCUGUUCUUCGUUUCCAGAUGAAAAUUAAGGAGGAGCUUGAGGCUUUAGCUUCAAGAAUAGAAUCCGUGGCAAGUACAUCUGAUUCAGUCCAAAAUGAAAUGAUCCCAGAUAAUAAUGAUUUGGCUGCCAAUUCCAGUAUUGCAAAUACGGCUCGGCAAAAGGCUAAAGAGCUCUCAUUGGAGUUAAAGACUAUAACUCAGCUAUAUAAUGAAUAUGCUGUUCCAUUUGAGCUAUGGGAGAUAUGUUUGGAAAUGCUGUACUUUGCAAACUAUUCUUCUGAUGGCAAUACUAGUAUUGUCAGAGAAACUUGGGCUCGAUUAAUUGACCAAGCUCUUUCUACGGGUGGCAUUGCUGAAGCUUGUUCAGUACUAAAAAGGGUUGGUGUCCACAUUUACCCUGGCGAUGGAGCUGGAAUACCUUUGGAGUCUCUUUGUCUUCACCUUGAGAAGGCUGCAUUGGAGAGAUCAGAAUCAGGUGUUGAAUCUAUUGGGAACGAUGAUGUUGCAAGAGCCCUUAUUUCUGUUUGCAAGGGUGCAACUGAGCCAGUAUUGAAUGCUUAUGAUCAAUUGUUGUUGAAUGGUGCAAUUCUGCCAUCACCCAAACUCAGGUUACGCCUCCUCCAAUCUGUGUUAGUGGUACUCCAUGAGUGGGCUAUGUCAAUAUCUUCACAGACUGUGGGUAGAAGUGCAACUUCAGCAUCUCUAGUUCUUGCGGGAAAAUACUCUUUGGAUCAAGUAGCUAUUUUCAACCAAGGGGUUCGGGACAAGAUAGCCAGCGCUGCUAACAGAUAUAUGACUGAGGUUCGUAGGUUAGCCCUUCCACAAAACCAAACUGAGGCUGUCUAUCGAGGCUUUAAGGAGCUUGAAGAGUCACUAUACACAGGUAACUGGCCCGGACAUCAACGAGGCAAGUCAAUUUUGACUGUUGACGGUGUCACGGUUGCUGCACAUCCUGCUGGAAAAUGACAGCCUUCGUAAUGCCUUGUUUAAGUGCCUGGAAAUGCAUUUCAGUAGAAUAACUGCAAUGAACACUCUCGAGAAGUUUAGGAUUCUGCUUUGGCUGUGAGAGUUGUGCUAAUAAUCCGGACGAACAGCCUGGCCGUGGGGUAUUGCAACGAGUUGGUCGAUGUAAUUUUAUUUAUCUAGAUUUUCUUAGUUUGAUUGGUUGAUGGUAAAUUUCCAUGUCCAGUUUAUUUGAUUGUUCCAUGACCUGUGAUUUUCUUAAAGAGCUUAUGGUGUGUUUUUUUGGUUAAUAUUUCAAAAUUCUUAAUGGAAAAA